CUAUUUCUUCAAACAAACACAAAUUAAACAACAAGAUCAAAUUAGCCACACCACGUAACGUACGUACUACGUAACACCAAUAUACUUAACUACGUAGUAGUUAACAACAUUGUUUAAUUAGUUUGUUAAUAAUGGCGGCGAAUCAAGGCAACAACAACAACAACAUUAUCAGCAACAACAACGGGGUUGUUUUCGAGGAUUUCCUACCAUCGAUGGUGGAGAAGCUCGGGGAAGAAGGGUUCAUGGACGAACUAUGUAAGGGUUUUCGACUACUAAUAGACGAACAAAAGGGGGUGAUAACAUUUGAGAGCUUAAAGAAGAAUUUAGGGGUUUUAGGGUUGGAAGGGAUGAGUGAUGAAGAAGUAAGGGAAAUGUUGAGAGAAGGUGAUGUGGAUAAAGAUGGAUGUUUGAACCAAAUGGAGUUUUGUGUUUUGAUGUUUAGGUUAAGUCCUGGUUUGAUGGAUGGUUCUAUGAGGUGGCUUCAACAAGCUCUUGGUCAAAGAUCAUCAUGAUUGAUUGAUUAAUCAUAUUAUAUUCUUGCUAAAUUUAGUUGAUUAGUUCUUAAUUAAGGCUAUUAUUAGCAAGUUUUAUUAAAUUUUUUGAAUGUCAUUUUAUUUCAUUGCAUUGUUUUGUUAUUGGCUAGCUAGGGAAUGUUAAUGUUGAUUGUGAAAUAGGUGAAUUUAGUGUGUGUCAUGUAAUAUGAUCCCUAUUUUAUGAUCAAUGAACCUUUUAUUGUUACCAAAAUGAUGAAAUAAUUUCGCUUU